AUGUCUGCCACUCCAUAUCUAGAUUCCCUCCGGAAAGAUGGGUUCGUCAAGAUCCCCAACCUCUUGCCGCCUCAACUCCUGCUGGCAAUGAAGGCGUCGUGCAAAUACACGACGGAGCGAGCAAGACAGGGCAAAUGGCCAUACGUCCGGACAGUCCCCAAACAAUACCCGCCAUGGCAGGAAUGGAAACCGGGCGACAACAUCUGGGGCGUACAGCACCUUCUGCACCCCGACAUGAAUACCCGCGACACUUUUGCCGAGCUCUACUUUUCCGACGAGGUGUUGUCGGUGGUCAAAGAACUCAUCGGUCUCAAAGACGACCCACAAGGUGAUGAAAAGCUGGUAAUGGAACUGUUCAAUCUACUAGUCAGUCCGGCCGAAGGGCAGGAUUUUGAGCUGUGCUGGCAUCGAGAUGAUAUUCGGCCCGAUGUCACUCCGGAAGUGGAAGAAAAACAACUCCGAGAGAAGAGUCCCCAGGACCAACAGUUGCAUGCUCAAUAUAACAUCGCCCUCUUUGAAGACUCGUCCCUAAUUGUUAUUCCGGGCAGCCAUCGGCGCAUACGGACCGAGGUGGAACGGAAUGCCGCUCCUUAUGAGCCUGACUUACCGGGGCAGCUGGUGGUUGAGCUGCAACCGGGUGAUGCCGUGUUCUACGAUAGCAAUAUCCUCCAUCGUGGUGUAUAUAAGGGGAUAGACGCGUCUACCGAAUUGGGUCGGAUGACUUUGCAUGGAUCUGUUGGCUUGGCAGGACAUGGGACCGAGCGAGCACGUCAAGUAUUGCAGCAUGCUGUUGGAGAGUGGGUUGACAGGGCGCAGUUCUCCAUGGAGGGGUCUAAAGCUGAGCGGGCCGAAGCCAUGAGGAAGAGAUUGAUGGAUAUGGGUAGUGGGAAAGAUUGGGGAUAUUCGCUCGUAGGUUGA